GAGCCACGUUCCCACAUGUUUUUGUCGUCCGCCACAAACCUGCGUAGCAACAGGACACACCUCUCCCUGCACUACGGAUUUGUGAGCCAAUCGCGAUUGACUUUCGGCGUGACGUCGUUUUUGUUGACACUUCGAUUAGCUGGCUACCUGCGAGACGUCACUGCAGCAGCGCGAGCCCGUGACCCUCGACGUCCACCCCGCGCGUUUUCUGCCUGGAAACAUCGCGAGCUAAUCGGUGCCGGGAAAGCGCAGGAUUCCGGGGGCUGGAGUCGGCGUGGGAAAUGGGGUCUGAUCAGAGCACCAGUUCGGCUGCUGACCAGCAGCAGAGGGAUCCAGACAAUCUUCCAUUGCAAGGUGAAGUAUCUUCAUCCGGUCACCAGACUGACACCGGUCGUGAGUGCCGGGACAGCCUGGAUCCAGACAUUGACCUUCCACAAUGUCGCAUGGGCACCAGGAAGGUAGACGACAUGAGCUUCAUGAUAGCCUGCACUAACUGGUAUUGAAAACCAGAGACGCUGCACCGAUUAAACUGGACGUUUCGUCCGCGAAUGAAUGCUAGAUUUAGUGCAGGGACAGCAGAAGAAACGGAGGUGCUGGACUGGUUUGAUGCAAAGUAUUCCAUUAAUAAGUUGUGCAAUGUGUUUUAAGACGAUGAGAAUAAAACGAAGGCACAUGUUUGUAUUCACAAAUGAAAUCUCUUCUGAUGUAUUACGUGGUUGAUAUCCACCUGCACUGAUGAAGCAUGUAUGCAUAAAUAUAUAUUGUUAAACAUCCAUCCAGAAAGCAUCAAACGCUUGGCAUUUCUGUAGUUUUAUUUUAUUGACAUUUCUUUGAACAUGGUGAUAUUAGAUACACAGUGUAAAACUGUAGACUGAAACCGAAAUAAAAUGGACUCGUCGUUUAUAGAAUUAAAAACAGGAUUUAAGAAAUAAAACUUAAAUCAUAUCUAAUAUUAGUAAAUCAAUCCGUUUAAGAUCGCUCUCAUUCUUAAUAAUCAACAUUAUGCAUGACAGUGUGAAAUCAUAGGCUACCUUUAGAGUGAAAGAAAAAUACAAAAGGUCUGAAAAGUUUCAGUAAGUCUUUGUAUUUACAUGACCGUUAAAACCUGGACGAGGCUGAGCAGACAGCAACAACUGACCUGUAAAUCAGAAAAUAUCAAAAUUGCAAGGACAGAAUCUGAAUUUAUUCAAACCGCAGAGUGAGACGUUCACUCUUAAAUUCUUGUCAAA